AUGGUAUUGCUCUCUCGUCACAUCCGCUCCGUUGCCCCUCUGGCCUCUCGAGGACUUUCCACGUCCUCAAAGGCAUCUUUCCUCGCUGCUCGACCCGCAUUCAGCCGGGCCUCCCCAGCAUCCUCGACUCUCCCUCGCAAACUGCCUGGUCAACUCAAUUCGAUCCGCACACUAACAACUACUCGCCAAAACCAGGUCAAGGUCCUUGCAGUCCUCUACGACGGCGGUCAGCACGCCAAAGACGUCCCCGGCCUUUUGGGAACCACCGAGAACGAGCUCGGCAUCCGCAAAUGGCUCGAGGAUCAGGGCCACACUCUGGUCACCACCUCGGACAAGGAGGGUGAGAACUCAAAGUUUGACCAGGAGCUCGUCGACGCCGAGAUCAUCAUCACCACUCCCUUCCACCCCGGCUACCUCACCGCCGAGCGCCUCGCAAAGGCAAAGAACCUCAAGCUCGCCGUCACCGCCGGCAUCGGCUCCGACCACGUCGACCUCAAUGCCGCCAACAAGACCAACGGCGGCGUCACCGUCGCCGAGGUCACCGGCUCCAACGUCGUCUCCGUCGCCGAGCACGUCGUCAUGACCAUCCUCGUCCUCAUCCGCAACUUCGUCCCCGCCCACGAGCAGAUUGAGCGCGGCGACUGGGACGUCGCCGCCGUCGCCAAGCAGGAGUACGACCUCGAGGGCAAGACCGUCGGCACCGUCGCCAUCGGCCGCAUCGGCGAGCGCGUCCUCCGCCGUCUCAAGGCCUUUGACUGCAAGGAGCUCCUCUACUACGACUACCAGCCCCUGUCCGCCGAGAAGGAGGCCGAGAUCGGCUGCCGCCGCGUCGAGAACCUCGAGGAGAUGCUCGCCCAGUGCGACGUCGUCACCAUCAACGCGCCCCUGCACGAGAAGACCCGCGGCCUCUUCAACAAGGACCUCAUCGCCAAGAUGAAGAAGGGCUCCUACCUCAUCAACACGGCCCGCGGCGCCAUCAUCGUCAAGGAGGACGUCGCCGACGCCCUCAAGUCUGGCCACCUCGCCGGCUACGGCGGCGACGUCUGGUUCCCCCAGCCCGCCCCCGGCGACCACCCCCUCCGCACGGCCAAGAACCCCUUCGGCGGCGGCAAUGCCAUGGUGCCCCACAUGUCGGGCACCUCGCUCGACGCGCAGAAGCGCUACGCCGACGGCACAAAGGCCAUCAUCGACAGCUACCUGAGCGGUCGCGAGGACUACAAGCCCGAGGAUCUCAUUGUGCACAAGGGCGACUACGCUACCAAGGCGUACGGCCAGCGCGAGAAGAAGUGA